AUCCUGCCGACAGCCCGGCGUGCAUGCGAGAUCGAGAUUGACCUGCUGGACUGUUUUAUGAUCAGAUUGAUUUUCGCAGAAAGAUAUUUAACAUCAAAUCAAGAUCUAGUGCAUCGUGAGGACUGUUGAAAAUCACACACCAUGCCUGGAGCCGGAACUCAAGAUUGGUUUUAUCAUGCCCCUUCAAAAAAGAAAGAAGGCGGACCAGUGGAUUAUCCUGCUGCAUCACAGAUCCCGUCGUUUGGAGGUGGUAUCCCUUAUGAUGAAUGGGAGGCAAAUGAGCGUGAUAACGAUGGAAUGAAGAGAGGCUGGAUUCGAGACUCUGACACCAAAUACGUUAAGCUCUGCAAAAAAGGAGGCCGCAAAGACUUGUUGAGGAUGCGUGACCCGCCACCCAAAGCUGCUGAGCCUAAAGACUACCCAAGAGCAGAUUGGUUUUAUCAAGAUGUGGAAGAUAAUCAAAAUACAAAUCAAGGACCAUAUAGAUCACAUCUUCCAGACUACAUGGUAUAUGAAGAACACCAAGGAGGGGAACCGACCACAGGGCACUGGCAGAGACCUCCCUUCUCACUGGACGAUAAGAUGACUGCAUUUGAGCGUCAUGGUGACAACGACAAGCUUAAUAUGAAGUUCCCCAACGACGAGUCCAAGCUGAGAAAGCCACCUAAAGACAAGACUGGCGGUAAAGAUCAUAAGAGGAGAAAGCCAGUCGAUAGGAAUGCAAAAAGCCCUACAAAAUCUCGACAUGCUACAAUACCAACUCCAGAAGCUUACAAAGGGCCUGCCAGCAUCGGUAAGCUCCUCUCCAAUGGCUACCAACAAGACUGGUAUGAAAACAGGGACACCCACUACAAGAACCACAAACCAUCGACGGCAGACGUGCAGUUCGAGGCUGCUACCCGGGCUGAUCGUCAGAGCACCGAGUACAGAGAUGCCAUCAAUGUGAAGAAACCAGGGGCAGGAGGAGGGGGUGGUGGUUCGUAUGCCAAGAAUGCCAUGGAAGUGCGGGGAACGAAGAAGUCCGAGCAGGUCAAGUCACUCAACACCAAACAGGAUGAGGAAAAGGAGCUCUUCAAGCUUAGCAAGUUUGAUAAAGUUGGCUCAAAGGUAAAGAGUCGAUGGUCUGAGACACACGAGCGAUCCUCCCCCAUCACAACUGGUAUGCAGUUAGAGAUGGCUCCUGUUUCUACAAACUAGGAUAUGAGCGGGUGAAGUGAGAGGGAGUUUGGCUGAAUCAACUCAUCUGAAGGAGGAAUUAAAGAAGAACAAGUACUGGUUGUUCUUUGGUAUUAACUAGAAGACCGCCCACUUAAAGUAUUGUGGGAGAGGGCUACACUAUGACGAAAGAUAAGCAAAGGUGCUUGAUUAUUCAAUACCAUCAUGUUUCUCGAAGUGAUGGAUGCAGGCCAUUGCAAAAUGACCUCCAUGAUGAAACAGGGAUGGACGAUAGGUGUGGGGGGGGGGUUGAUUGAGGGAGGUGGUUGGGGUGGGGAGGAGGGCCUCUGUUUACUUCAGUUUCAUCCAGUACCGUACUUACAUUGUUGAAUAUUGAUCCAAAAAUAAUUUGUGUAAGUGUGUACAAAAAGCAUCAAUUAUUCAUUUGAAGGGAAGCAUUCAUAUAAGUAUCUGUAUCUACAUCAAACCUCAGGAGAUACUUUCACCAGUCUCUGGUCAUGACAUCAAAGUGCCCCUCACCUCUUUGCUUACUUUUAGUUCAUGCGACACAUAUAUUUUGAAAAUAUACAUAUUCUUUUGGUUAUUGUUAAGUUUUACCUCCCAAACCAACUCCAGAAUGUGGAACAGAUAGUCAGAUACCAUAUAAUACUAUUUAGUGCUCCACUUCUGUAGCUGGAAUAUACAAUAUGAUUUUAUAUUGAAACCAAAAUCUUAAAUAGAGAGAGCCAUGAUUAGGAUAAAUGCGAUGAAGGAUUUAUCUUAUCUGCAAUGGGCUUUGAUACAAUUGGAUUUGAGACUAAGCAUACAUCAUUAUAUGUGUGGCAGUCAAAAAUCAUAGUCUGCAUCUGACUCCCUUUGUGAAUUUCACCCUUUUGUAGUUGGUGACUUGUAUACAAAGCAUCAAUAUUAGAAACACCCUUUUCUGUGGUGUUUGGAUUUUUAUAUCGAGAUUUUUAACAGAAAAGGUGCUAUUUUUACAUCUUAACUGUAUGUUUUUCAUUUGAAUUUGUUCCAUCAUGCUUUUGGUAAUAAUAAUAAUGAACACUGCGCCUCGGAAUAGAUUAUUCUAGAUAGAUGGGGCUAUAUAAAUGCCUAUUAAUUUUGCUCUGAACAUUUUUAUGAAGGGGCUUCACAUUUAUUCCAGUGACAAUUGCUCAUGCCUUCAUUUCUUGGAAGUGUAGUGUUAGGGUGAGGGCUGUGCCUGAAAAUUUGGUUCAGAAUACUGUGAGAAUAAGGUUUAGGGAUAGAUUUUAGUAGAGUUCUAAUAUGCAGAAUCUCAUAGGAGUGAUCAUUCUUGCUAGACAAAUCGUGGAGGAAUCUCUUUGGCAUGAUGGAACAUAUUCAUUGUAUUUUGUUUUAUUUACCGUUCCUGCUAAAUGCAUUCCUGACAUUCUUGCCAAAUGUGUUGGAAAUUUAAGAACUUUAAAUAAGUAUUUAUACAUGUAUGUAUAUAGUAUAAAAGUUUCUCUGUGUGUAAAAUAUUUACUUCCAUAUUCCUUGAUAUCUUAAAACAUUGUCAAAUAUUAUUUAAUUUGAAUGCAUUGUAAGAACUACUUUUUGUAGUGUAAACUUCUGUUUUAUCAGAGAAAAAAAAUCUAUAUCAUUGUUUUUAUAUAAUUUUUGUAAAUAUGUUCUUCAAACAGUACAUACUUCAAUAA